AUGACUUCAUCACAUGUGCAUACUAUAUUAGAAGCUUUAGAGGCAGUAAAACAGGAUUAUACAUGUGGCGUUUGUUUAGAAAUGUGUAAAAAACCGGUCACCUUAAAAUCUUGUUUUCAUUUAAUUUGUGAAGAACACUUCGAGAAAUUAGACAAAUGUCCUACGUGUCAUACACGCAUAACAGAAAAUGAGGCCUUUAAGGACGACAGGUUGGAAGCUUGUAUUCAAUCUGCUAAAGAGCUAGAUAAACUUUUUGCCCCCUUAAAAAUGAAUUCAAGUACGUUACAAUCGUCUAAGUCUAAGGUAGACGACAGCGCCACCACUGAUGGACAUACGACAAGAAGUGCUAAAACGAUAAAAUUCAAAGCCGAAGCUAAAGAAAAAAAUAAAGCUUCUACAAAAUCUAAUAAGAAAAUCUCAAAAAUUGAAAAUGUUAAUGUUGCAAGCUCAUCAAAAUUGAAUAAGGCUCUUAAAAAACGUAUUGACAAAUGUGAGACUGCUACACAUGUUACUUGCCCUAUUGAGGUCAGUAGGGCGGCGGAACCGCUCAAUGAGGGUAACAAUCCAAACCCUAAUCCAAAUGCUUCACUUCUAUCUGUUGCAAGCUCUUCAAAAUUGAGGUGGACACCCCUCCAUGAAGUUGUGCAGAAUGGUAGACUUGACUUGGUCAAAUUAUUGCUUCAACACAACACUCUCAUCAAUGUGCCGGGUCAGGGUAAUGAAACCCCGUUACACGAAGCAGUGAGAUACAAGCAUAAAGAUAUUGUUGAAGAGUUAGUUAAACAUGGUGCUCAUUUAUAUGCAAGAAAUUGCAAAGGUGAGACACCUGUACAGUUAGCCUCUAAUGACAUUAAGAAGGUAUUGGAGGAAGCUGCUGAAAAUAUACUACAAACGCACGGUGCUAAUGUGACUCACAUAUCUGAACUUCAAACAGAAGUUGAUUUCGAUGACAUAAAGAUACACUUUGACACCGAAGAUGAUGGAGUGUGUUCACCUAAUUUAGAUGUUUUACAGGGCAUAGUUUAUGGGAUUUGGAUUUUAUCAUCUCAAUGGAUAACAAAUUCUACAGAAGAGAAAUUGCAACCAUUCACGAAGUAUGAAGUGAAGGGAGUUGGUUCUAACAAAUUCAAUGGCCCUAAAAAUGCUAGAUAUAACAAAUAUAAACAGCUUCCUGGCCUUUUCAAUGGUUGUCAUUUUUAUUUGCACAACUUCAUCACUAAUUAUGAAAUUUCUAAAUCUAUUAUCCUGAAUAAAACAAUACUUUCGAAAUUAAUAAGUGAUGCUGAUGGUAUUGUUCUCAGACGGGUUCCGAACCCUGAAUCAAUUCCAGAGGCAGAGAAACUAGUGCCGUAUCAUGCAAAGAAGGGUGGAAAAUUGUAUAUGUGUUCCCAUUACAUAAUUUUCAAAGACAUGUAUGAACCAAUGUACAAUAUGAAACACAUCAAAGCAUUGCCAGUUGGUUGGAUAAUUGAAUGUAUCGAGAAAUAUGAGCUUUGUGAACCUGAGUAA